GGACUCCAGAAUUUGCCCUCUGGGUGGAAUCUAUCAAGCCUCAAAAGAAGCCUGUGCCUGCCGUGCUGGGCUAUCAGAGCAACCUGCUCGCUCCAGGAGGUGAUGGGGAUCCCCUCAUUCCUAGCCUUCCCUGCUGCCAGGAGGAACCGAGCUCACUGCACGCCCUGGCAUCCUUGGGGCCACAUGCUACUGUGGACAGCUCUGCUCUUCCUGGCUCUUGUUUCUGGGAAACCUGCAGAUCUCCCAAAAGCUGUGGUGAGCAUCCAGCCUGCGUGGAUCAAUGUGCUCAGGGAGGAUCACGUGACGCUGAUGUGCCAGGGGACCAGCUUCUAUGCAGGCAACCUCACCACGUGGUUCCACAACGGGAGCUCCAUCCACACCCAGAAGCAGCCCAGCUACAGCUUUAGGGCCGGCAGCAAUGACAGCGGAUCCUACAGGUGCCAGAGGGAGCAGACCAGCCUCAGCGACCCUGUGCAUCUGGAUGUGAUUUCUGACUGGCUGCUGCUCCAGACCCCCAGCCUCGUGUUCCAGGAAGGGGAGCCCAUCAUGCUGAGGUGCCACAGCUGGAGAAACCAGCCUCUGAAUAAGAUCACAUUCUACCAGGAUGGGAAAUCCAAGACAUUUUCCUAUCUGCGCAACAACUUUUCUAUCCCACGUGCCAACCUCAGUCACAGCGGCCAGUACCACUGCACAGCAUUUCUCGGGAAGACGGGACACUCGUCACAGCCAGUGAACAUCACUGUCCAAGAGUCCAGCUCGAGCGGCCUCUCAUCGACAACAGCUGUGGCUAUAGGCUCCUGUUUUGCUGCAGUGGCUAUUGUUGCCGCCAUAAUAGCCUGGUUCCGCCUCAGGAGAAAGCCAAUCUCAGCUCUCCCAGGAACCCCUGAGCGCAGGGAAAUGGGAGAGACCCUCCCUGAGGAACCAGGUGAGUGCAGCUCCCCUCUGCGGGCUCAGUGACACCCUGUCGUGCGCAUCAAGAAGCGGCUUGCCGUGUGCAUCAAGAGGCGGCUUGCCAUGUGCAUCAAGAAGCGGCUUGCCGUGUGCAUCAAGAAGCGGCUUGUGAGCACAGGAGAGGGAGGGGGCAGUGGGAGGAGGGCAGGGGCUCAAAUCUCUUGGUCAGUUCUGAGACUAACUCCUGCGCCUGAAGAGGACUUCACUGGAGAUGAGAAGAUGAAUACCUAUCCUAGAUAGAGAGACAAUGGCCUUGUCUGAGUUUCUGGGGCUAGAACUUCUAGGGGUAUUUCCAGAGCAGGACAUCAGAGAUAUUUAGGUCUUUCUGUGGAGCUUUGGAAGAGCUGGCACAGGGUGGGGGUUAGAUGUUGUAAGACUAAGGCAAAUAGAAUUAAAGAGAGAAAACUCUAGAGGAAAGGGGAAAGAGGCCAAGGGAAUAAAGUCUAGAUUUGCUGCAGUCCGUGUCUGUGGAGAGAUGGGGUAAGAGUAGAUGGGGUGAGCGAUGGGGUAAGGGCUCAACUCCUAGUGGAACAUGAAGAGAAGAUUUUAGGUUGAGAAAGUUCUGUGUACUAGCUACAUUAGAGGGCUUUCCUCUGUCGACAAAGCCUGGAUCUAGAGCCCACUCCUGUAGGUUUGUUAAAUGUGGGCCUGGCACUAGCCUGGUCGCUAUCAUAAAAUGGAAUCUUGAGUGUCGUUUCCUCUCUUGGGGUUUAAUCACCUCACUGAGGAAAUGAGUGCAUUGGCCUGGAGGACCUCGAAGCCCUCCUGGUCUGACAUUCUGAGAGUCAGUGCCCAUCAACCCUGGCCCAAGUUGGAAUAUGUUAACGGAGCAGGAGUAUUCCAGGCGAUUUCCUGACUGUAGUUAAAGCCAGAGCUCGGAGGGACCUGGAGCUUUCUCUGGGGGCUCCCA